UUGCGACAGACACCCCUUGUUUGGGCAGCCAAGGAAGGUCACGCAGCCGUGGCGGAGACUCUACUGAAUCAUGGGGCAGCUGUGGAUCUGGCGGACAAUGUUGGCUCAACUGCCCUCAUCUUCGCUGCACAACAUGGUCAUGCCACCACUGCUCAGGUGUUGUUGGACAACGGAGCUUCAGUGGAUCAUGCGGAUGAAGUAAGGGAAGUGAUAAUAUCAGCGGACGACUUUUUGCAGUGGCGGUUGUUCAAAUUAUUGACUUCCAAUGUGAGGCAGCGUGGACUAUGCUCUUGCCAGCUUCGUAUUUAA